CUUUAUCGUUGAUCCGACCAACGAGUGCCCUCCGAUUUUUGCCUGCCCCAUUUCCAUUCGCUGUCCACUGACCCGAGGCCCAUUCAAGAGCCCAGUCUAAACCUAACUCGUAACUGCGUCUUGAAAUUCUGGGACAAGACUCUGGUAUCUCGCUCACAUAUAUAUACCAUCGUCGCUGCAUUACUUUCCCUCGUGCUCUUCUGAUCAUUUCUCUCACUACUGAAACACCACCUACCACCCAUAUUUCAAUAUUUUCGACAAGAUGAGCAAAGGCAAGCUCAGUGGCACGGAUGUCGCCCAGCACAACUCCCGCGACUCUUGCUGGGUCAUUGUUCAUGGGAAGGCGUAUGAUGUAACCGAAUUCCUGCCAGAACAUCCUGGUGGUCAGAAGAUCAUCCUGAAGUACGCAGGCAAGGAUGCGACCGAGGAGUUUGACCCUAUCCACCCUCCCGACACCCUCGAUAAAUACCUCGAUGGCUCCAAGCACCUGGGUGCGGUCGACAUGAGCACCGUCGAACAGGAAGAGAAGGUUGUCGACCCCGCAGAAGAGGAACGACAGGAGCGGAUCAAGCGGAUGCCCCCACUGCAAGCAUGCUAUAACCUAAUGGACUUCGAGACAGUCGCACGGGAUGUUAUGAAGAAAACCGCUUGGGCUUACUACUCUAGCGGUGCGGACGAUGAAAUUACUAUGCGUGAGAACCAUUCAGCCUUCCAUAAGAUCUGGUUCCGGCCUCGGGUCCUGGUCGACGUGGAGAAUGUUGACUUCUCCACCACAAUGCUUGGGACCAAGACCUCGAUUCCUUUCUACGUGACUGCAACUGCUCUGGGAAAGUUGGGUAAUCCUGAGGGCGAAGUCGUCCUCACGCGUGCCGCUCAUGAUCACAAUGUAAUCCAGAUGAUCCCGACGUUAGCCUCGUGCUCUUUCGACGAGAUUGUAGACGCCAAGAAAGGCGACCAGGUACAAUGGUUGCAACUUUACGUGAACAAGGACCGCGAGAUCACCAAGCGUAUCGUCCAACACGCAGAGGCUCGCGGCUGCAAGGGCCUCUUUAUCACAGUGGAUGCUCCUCAACUUGGCCGUCGGGAGAAGGACAUGCGUUCCAAGUUCUCCGACGUGGGAUCUAACGUUCAAGCCAGCGGAGGCAGCUCCGUCGAUCGCUCUCAAGGUGCCGCUAGGGCCAUCUCGUCGUUCAUCGACCCCUCUCUUUCCUGGAAGGACAUCCCCUGGUUCCAAUCCAUCACAAAGAUGCCCAUCGUCCUGAAAGGUGUCCAGCGCGUCGAAGACGUCCUCCGUGCCGCUGAGAUGGGUCUGGAUGGCGUCGUCCUCUCCAACCACGGCGGUCGCCAGCUAGACACUGCACCAUCCGGCAUCGAAGUCCUCGCAGAGGUCAUGCCCAUCCUCCGGGAACGCGGCUGGGAAAAUAAGAUCGAGAUCUUCAUUGACGGCGGUGUUCGCCGCUCCACGGAUAUCCUGAAGGCCCUCUGUCUGGGCGCCCGUGGUGUGGGUAUCGGACGACCAUUCCUAUACGCCAUGUCCGCAUACGGUCAGGCCGGUGUAGACCGCGCCAUGCAGCUCCUCAAAGACGAAAUGGAAAUGAACAUGCGACUGAUCGGUGCCACCAAGAUCGAAGACCUCAAUCCCAGCCUGAUCGAUGUGCGCGGCCUGGUCAGCGGUCAUCAUGCUUCUGUUCCCUCCGACACCUUGACCCUCCGUGCCUACGAUCCGCUCCAGGCUCCUCGCUUCAGCGAGAAGGCCAAAUUGUAAUGGCUGAGGAUCUCUUUCGCUCUUCAGCUCUCUUGGCUUUCGUUCUUCUUCCAUUUCCCUCCUCUGAUAAAGUUUGUUUUGCAGUUCUCCCGUUGACAGUGGUUGGCAGAUAGACUUAACCACAAACCCGAUUUUAUAUACCCCUUCGUCAUACUUGACGAUAAUGAUGGCGAUCCUUGUACAUUUAGUGAGAAAGAUAGUAUACGCUACAAGACAUGUAUAGACGUGAUGUCCAGGUUAAAUUAAAUAUAAACGCAAAGAAUAUAUCCAAAAAUUGGAUUAACUU